AUGAUCAACGAAGUCGUGUCCACGCUUGGAAGAAUCGACGUGCUGGUGCACAUCGCUGGGAUCUACCCGUUUGGUCCUCUUCCGGGGCAGUCGGCGCAGGAGUAUAAGAGAGUCAUGAGCGUGAACAUGGACAGCGCUUUCUACUUAACACGUGCUGUGCUUCCACACACGCAGAAGGCAGGGUACGGGCGAAUCAUCAACACCGCAUCCGGCACCACCUCACACCCAGAGGCCGGUCUAGCGGUAUGUGCGGCCUCGAAGAGCGCAGUAGUGGCCUUCACAAGAGCCACUGCUACUGAGGCAGGACCGGGUGUGACGGCGAACGUCGUGGCUCCAGGCUCUGUGGUGACGGAAACAACGUGGAGCUCUCCUCACGCAAAGCCCAUCUUCGACAAGGCGGUGGAAAGACAGUGCGUCGAGCGGUAUGGCCAGCCAACGGACGUUGCGCAAAUGAUCAGCUUCAUUGCAAGCCCCGCAGCCGAAUUGAUUACUGGCCAGCGCUUCCAUGUAAGCGGAGGGAUGAUUUUCAACUGA